AUGCUUAUCAACUAUGAAGAUGCCAAUGACUUCUCUUUUGAAACGAACACUUACACAACCAUCCUCGAGCAGCGUCUUAUUUCGUGGAACUUGAGCACUGUAAGUACUUUGAGUGAUGCCAUUGUUGGCAAUGGCUUCGUCUAUCUCCAAUUCCUGAUUUAUGCAUGCACAAUCAAUCACCCCAAAGCUCCCCAUCAAUCUAUCACCUCAUCAUCAUUCUCAACAGACAUUCUAUCACUCUUUGUUGUCACAGAAAUACCCAAGCCCACGGUGCAGGCAUAA